AGUUGAAGAUGUUAGAGUUAAUUUGCAUCUCAUUAUAGUUUUUAUAUCAUUGCAUUAUUUAUACUUGUCCAAUCAUGUCAGAAUUUUUGUUUUCUAUGAGUUUCUUUAAUCAAGUUUUUAAUUUUUCUAAAAUAUUAAUGUAUUUUCUUUAAUAACUUUAUGUUAUUAUAUUAUUUUACUACAUUAUACUAUAAAAAUUUAAAGAUCCAUAGGCUUGGAGUCAAGCCUCGUCCCGUGCUAAGUAAAAUGUCCUGACUUUUAAAACAGUGCUAUUGGGUAUAGCUUAGGAGCAAAUUGACCAUUUACCCGACUUUAUUAUAACCUGUGGAGGAACCAAAUGCCACCUUGAUGGUGAUCAUACCGAAACAAACCACAAAUUUGCUUCUAAUAUUCGUAGUUUAUACAGUUUUCAAUUUUUGGGAUAUAAAUGGAGGGUACUGUAGAAGAUCAUAAUUCAUAAGUUAUAGGCGCACAAAAAUGGUGAUGGAGAAGGAAUAUGUGUCAUAUUCCCUUAAUAUCCGGUACUCAAUUUUGAGAAUUCUCAAUUGUUUUAGCCCUGUGGGGUGUUAACUUUUUUGGCUAUAUUUUGCUUUUCUGUUUAUUUAUGACCAGAAAUCUUUGUUACGUUUUACUCCCUCCGUUUACUUUUACUUGUCACAAGUUGGGGGGACAAGUGAUGCUGACGUGGAAGUGAGGCUGAACUCACAAGUCGUCCCAAGGAGAGGAGUUUCAAGUACCUUGGGGCUAUAAUCCAACGUAAUGGAAAGAUUGACGAGGAUGUCACAUAUCGUAUUGGAGCUGGGUGGUUGAGAUGGAGGCUCACAUCUGGUGUCCUGUGUAAUAAGAAGAAGGUGUGACCAAGACUUAAAAGUAAGUUCUACAAGUAGUGGUUAGACCAACGUUGUUGUAUGGAGUGGAGGGUUGGCCAGUCAAGAACUCUCAUGUCCAGAAGAUGAAAGCUGUGGAAAUGAGUAUGUUGAGAUGAAUGUGUGUGCUUACUAGGAGAGAUAUGGUAAGAAAUGAAGAUAUUCGGGACAAGGUGGGAGUGGCCUCCGUGGGCAGACAAGAUGCGAGAGGUGAGGCUGAGAUGGUUCAGACAUGUCGAGCGAAGAGACACAGACGCCCCAGUGAGGAGAUGUGAGAGGAUGUCGAUGGAGUGCUGGAGGAAAGGUAGAGGUAGGCCGAAGAAGUAUUGAGAGAGGUGAUCAGGCAGGGCAUGGCUACUCUUCAGCUUACCAAGGACAUGGCCCUAGAUAAGAGGGUAUGGAGGUCGAGGAUUAGGUAGAAGGCUAGUAGUAGGAUUAGUAGUAUUUUCCUUUCCAGUAGGAUCAAUAUAUCUUUCGUCAUUUUUAUUAAGUAUUCUCAUAUUUCUUAUUCUUAGUUUUCUAUUACUAGUGUUUGUUGGCGCUCCUGCUUUAGUUUUUUUACUAUCCUGGUGUUAUUGCUGCUUAUGUUGUCGUAUUGCCAUAUUUUUGCUUUACUUGAGCCGAGGGUCUAUCGGAAACAGCCUCUCUACCUACGAAGGUAGGCGUAAGGUAUGCGUACACUCUACCCUCCCCAGACCCCGCUUGUUGGAUUACACUGGGUAUGUUGUUGUUGUUGUUGUACUUGUCACUUUUAGCAUAUCAAGAGAAAUACAUAUUUUUUUUCAUAUUUUACACUUAGCAUUAAUUACUUAUUCCCCAAAUUACUUUCCAAGAGCUAAGACUAGACAUAUUAAUAUGGGUAUUGUGGUAAAAUACUUAUAUCAAUUAUUGUUUCUUAAAGGAUGUGUAAAGUCAACCUAGAUAAGUAAAAGUGAACAAUGGGAGUAGUUUAGUUUAGCUUUUGUCUUUUUACAGCUUGCAGCAACAUCGACUAUUCUGUUGGAUACCUGCUACCUCUAUCAGCACAAGUAUCAUGUAACUCUGCCCGUCAAGGAUUAGUCAGAUGGGAAUAAAUUACAUAGAAUAUUUUGCGAGUUUUUAGAUUUUCUUUUUUGGUUGUCUUUAUGAAGUUAAACUUGUACAAUUCUCUGUUUCUAUGACCAUGUGAGUGUAUCAUGGUGCUUUUAUUAUCUGGGGUAUCAUUGUAAAAUUGCUCACUUUUUGAGUCUCAAGGCUUUGGUUGUUGCAAGCUAUUAUUCUGUUCCGAUUAACUAUAGAUCUUGGACAGAUCAUUAAAAAUAGCAUUGGUGACAGGGCGAAGCCAGAAUUUUCGCUAAGGAGAUCUAAAAUAUAAAAACGUGAACACACGAAGAAUCCAAGAAGAUUCAAUAUUUACUAAAUAUGUAUAUAAAAAAUAAUUUUUGACCUUGUAUAUACUGUGUAAUUAUCCAACCAAUGGAGUUCAGAUGACCAUCCUUGUCCGCCCAAGCUCCGCCCCUAGUGGGUGGUAGCUGAAAAAGUUUAGUUUACUGAUCAUUCUUCUUGAUCUACUUAACAUUUUAAAGCCAAAAAUAAAAAAUAAAAAAAAAUCUCAUGUUCGGUGCUGUGACGUUCAUUGGAAAAUGCUGCUAAUAUGCAUAACGGUUAUCUGUGUUUCUACAUUAUAUAAAAUACAAAGAAUCAAGGGAGAACAAGAAGAACAAUUGGGUUACGUUACAGUGAGAAUGUGAUUGAUUUAUGGCUUGUAUAUGUUGGAAGUUUCCUUAUAUUAUUUGCUCCCUUUAUUAUUUGGUGAUAGUAGGAAGUUCAGACUUCAAAGGGGGAAAUUAGGGCCCACUUCCCUGUCAAACAUGCCCACACUCCACAAAAGAGAAAGCAGUAGUGUGCAUUAUUUUGUCACUUAAAUAUGUAUCCAAAUUAACGCUUGUGCUCUAAUUUUAGAACCCGUGACUGGAAUUCAGAGGAAGCACAGAGUGUGUAUGUUCUUGGAGAUCUAUGAUUGGAUUAUAUAAAACAGAUUUUUCACAAGAUUCUUGGAUUGAAGAUCAAAUGCCAUGGCCAAGUGGAUAGCUUACCAAUGCUAAAUACCACCUUGUUUUGGACAAUGAGCACCGUGAAGCUAUACGUGUUUUUUCUUCCAUUAGAUGCAGAUUUGUUUCGGACAUAUUUGAGACUGAAGAGAGGCCAGAGAGUAAGAAGCUGAUAAAGAAAAUCAAGUUCUUCGUUCCUAAGGUCACGAUACUCUUCACUCAUGGUUCUGCUGUUACUUACUAAUGGUCUCUCAUUUAGCAUGCCUUGGACGUUUCACGUUCCACUACAGGGAAAUGAUACCAACUGUGGUAAAUUUGUUUUGUACUACAUUAGCCUUUUCCUAGAGAGCGCUCCAGAAACUUUUAGCAUUGCAGAAGGCUACCCUUACUUUAUGAAGAAAGACUGGUUUACUCCUGACCAGUUAGAAAGCUUUUGGCAAAAACUGCAGACUGAGACCAGGGAUUCUUCUGAAGACUCAGCAUUUUCUGAUGGAAGCUUCUCAGGUUCUCAAGGCAUGUCUGCUGAACCUGCUUUGAGGGAUGAGGAUGCUUCUUCAGGCUCAGGAGAGGACUUAAACAUGUUAGAUGGACAGAGUAAGCAUCAAACGGUAACACCAAAUUUGGGUCAUCGCAAGGCAACUGGUGCUGCUACAGUUGAUUCAAUGCUGGAAAUUGCAACCACUUCAAAGAUGAGUGAAGCUACCAUUAUGAGGAAUGAGGAGCGCUUUGCUAUAAGCAAAUGCAUAAAAGUAUUAGAUGAAAUGCAAGGCGUUGAUCAAAGUAUCUACUUUUUUUGCAUUGGAUUUAUUUGAGAAUCCAAAUGCCAAAGAAACUUUUAUCUCUCUUAAGACUGAGAGACGCUUGACAUGGUUGCAGUGUAAGUUUAACACUUUGCCAAAUGCAGCUAACGCAUGAAAUUAAGAGCCUUGUUAUAGUUCUCGACUUUCAUAUAGGGGGUUUCUGCUACGACUUUGACUGUUAAAAUGGGCAGCCAGAUGACUUUGACUGUAUAUAUAUUAGUAUUGUAUAUGGAAUUUAUAACUGGGAGUGGUUGGAUGCCUAGUUUAAUUCGUAAUUAUUGUUGGUUGUUAUACAAGAACUUUUAUGUUA